AUGGACUCAAAGAUUUCAAGAAAUCAAUCUGAGGGAAGCCAUAAAAGGGAUGGUGUUUUUGGAAGAUUAUCAUCAUUUCCUUUCGAAGAAUCUAGCGGUAUUGAAACGUCGAUGAUUGGAAAGAAACCAAACUUUAUUGCCCCAAAGUUUGAAAGAGAAUAUGAUUAUCAAUCUACCGCAAUAGAAGAAGAAUGGGACGAACUCGCUAGAGCUAAAGCAGAAUUAAAGAAACGUGAAGCUGAAAUAGCAAAAUUAACUGAGACAUUAUCACUUAGUAGUGCGACUGUCUCAUCAAAGAAUAGCGUAUAUAGUGAAAAUAGCGACCAUAGUGGACGAAGCAGACGUAGUUCAAAGAUGACACAACACAGUGCACCAGUUAUCGUACAAGCCGUCCGUAAAGUUGAUACAGGUGGGGGUAUGUGGGGAUUCGAAGCACCUAAUACGCUACCAGUUUUGAUGCCAAAUGGCGAGAUAGUAUACCCACGUAAACCACGUCCAAAGAUGCCACGUAGUGAAAGACUUCGUAGAGAGAAGGAGGCAGCUGAAAAGCAAGAACGUGAGAAGGUACUAGAAGAGCAAUUCAAGAAGAAUACGAAAGCUCGUGAAAUGAAUGAUGCAAAAGCACUCGAAACUCUCGAAAAGAGUAUCCUCACUGAGCGUAAUAGAAGUCAAAGCGUCAGCGGUAUGCCUUUCAAACAACAACAUCAAGCAGCACUUCAUAAAUCCAAAUCAAGCCCUCCUGAUCAAAUCUCAGCUGACCAUGAUAUCGCGGAAUAUCAGUUAGCAAGACAAAAAGCUUUCCCUAUUCCAGAGCCUUCAUUUGAUGAUGGUAUAUCCCUCGCCGAAGAUCACAAAUGCUCACCAUUUGCUGUUUCUAAUCUCAAAAAACUUUUCAAAAAGUAG